AUGAGCUUGGGAGAGUUCAUGAACGACAAAUCGCUGGGUGGUUCAUGGGCAGAUGAUGAUUUUGAUGUUAACUCAAUUGAAAUUCCUCUUGAUGAGCCUCCAAGACGUCAACCAUUCAAUAGAGGCCCUGGAGGUUUUAACAUGGGUCAAAGAGGAUCUGGAUACAAUAAUUAUGACAACGAGAUGUCUGGAGGAUCCUCAUACGGUCGUGAAUUCGGGGCUCGUGAUACACAUUAUGGCAGAUUUGACGAUCAUGACCGUUCAUAUAACAGAAGGAAUUCCGGUCCAAGACUCAGCGAUCUACCUUCCAUUCCGAUUGCCAAGCUUUCAAAUCUGCCAGAGGUUUCCACACAGAAAUUGGUGACAAAUCUUUUUGAGAGUCGGUUCAUGAAAUUUGAAAAGGUCAAAGUUCUUGUGGAUCCAAAUCCCCCACAGCCUCGGUUUUCCAAGUUUCAUCACGAAGAGGAGCAAAAGAAAAAGUGUGCUUACGUCCAGCUCAAUUCCCCACAGGAUCUUCUUAAGGUUUUAAAGUGGACCGAUAUUUUUUUGGAGAGAUUGAGGGUGGAGGUGAGUGUGGCAGAUUUUGAUGAUUUUCAAGAUGUUCAGAAGUACAAUAAAGAAAUAGGAUUUGAUGAAAAUGCAGAGGAGGAAAGGCUAAACAAAAAGUUGGAAGAAGAAGUCAAGAAGGCAAAUAAUUGGCGUCAAGAGGUUAAAUAUGGCAAUACUUCAGAUAGUCGUGGGGCAUUUGGUGGAAAAAGGUACGCAAAUGAGAGAAGAUUUUCUGGAAACGCAGGAGGUGAAGGAAUGGAUGCAAGCAAGUGUCCAUAUCUAGCUGGACGAGGUUUUAAAGGCUCGAUAGCAGGAAUGAAAGCUCCACAUCCAUUGCCUGCAACUGGAGAUGGAUCUGCUGUAAAUGCUGAGCAGGUGCGUCAUGCGAAAGAACAAGCUUCCAAAAAUGUUGAAUCGAAGCCAGAAAUUUUGCAGAAAGUUGGCGCUUCAAAGUCGAAAUCAAAAGCAAAGAAAGAAAAUCCGUUUGGAAUAGCAAAGCCAGUCGAUCCUAAAAAGCAAAUCGAAAUUGAGAAAAAAAUUGAAAAGAUGAGCAUUAACAGCACAACUUUUAGUACAGAAAAGUUAAACAACCAUAUUAAGCAUGCCAAAAAAGAAGAUGAUGGAAAAAUGACCCAGAGAUCAGGCAAAGCUAAAGAGAUAAAAAAAAGUGAAGCUCAUGUUGAACAAGGAGAACGUCGAACAAGGAGGGUCAGUAUCAUCAGGCGUGAGUCUAAUGCCAAAGCUGUUCCGGACAGUGCUCCUAAAGUUGUCUCAAGGAAAGUGGCGGUUAAUGGAAGUAAAUCUGUUCAAUUACAGAGGUCCUCCAAUGUUGAAAGAAGCAGAAAGAGUGGUUCUCUUCGAAAGGCCUCGCCUGUGAAGGCAGUUCAACAAAAACAAACUGAGCAUCGGAAUAAAAACAGUACGGAAAAAGACAAUGUUUUGGAUGCGUCCUUAAAAUCGAGAAAGGGACAUUCAUCUUACCACAAGGGUUCCAGGUCCAGCGUCAAAGAUAAAAAAAUGUCAUCCUCUACAACUACUGGACCUGGUAGGAAUGCCAAGACGAGAAUUGAAGAAAAGAAUAUAGAUGGAUCAAAACAAGCUGUAUCGAAAAAGAAAAGAUUAAGUAGGGAUGCGGCUAAAAAGAGAAGGCAAAAAGAAAAGCAGAUUAGGAUAAGCCAACAAAUAAAAUCUGGCAAAUCAGCAGGCAGAGGUUCAAGUGUAGUUAAGACAUCGUCACUAGAUACCUCACGUAAGGUUAAGCCAUCUGAAUCUGCAAAAUUACAAGGAAGAUGCAAUUCCGAGCAGAUGAAGUCAAAGGGUGGCAAAAAUGACAAGAAAAUAAGUAAGAAGGAAAAUGUGCAGAAGAAAGUUCGCAAUGAUUCUCAUGCCGGAUCCUUUAAAAGCGAUGGAAACGUCAAAAAUGAAAGAAGAGAAGCUAAUAAUCCCAAAAGGCACAGUUUGGAACAUAGAGGAAGAGGCAGUAGAGGACGGAGGGAAAGCGGUAGGAGAGGAUUAAAAUGGGAAAAAUAUCAUAAGAAUUACACCUAUGUGAGAGAUAGCUCGAAGGAAGAAAACAAGCAGCCUGAUACUAAAAAGAAAAAUGAUAAGGCUGUCAAGGAUGUCCAAGAGAAAGUCAUAGAGAAGUCUAAUUCGAAAUCUGAUUCGAAAUCAGAGGCAAAACCAGAAGCAAAACCAGAAGCAAAACCAGAGACAAAACCAGAGACGAAAUCGGAGACGAAACCGGAGAAGAAACCAGAGACAAUGCCAGAGACGAAACCAGAGACAAGAUCAGAGACGUUUGAAACUAAUAAAAAUGCUUAA